CAUUUUGCCCGUCAUUCGACAACGCUUGCCCUUUCUGUAUCUCUCCCUUCCUCCCUCCCUCCCUGUCCUCUGCGCAUCUCUCUAUCUCUACAGACAACAAUUCCCUUUUUGACUAAAAAUUCUACGACUGGCAUUUCCAGUGAAUCUCAGACCUGAUUUCGAGGGUUUUCCUCGGUUGGGUUGGGUUCGUUGUGUUUUACCUGGGUUGGGGGGGGGUCUCCAGGGUACGGUUUUCUGAUCAGGAAUCGUAGUGUUCUGUACAUCCCUCCCUUUCUCUGGUUGGUGGUUUUGGGAGAUGGGUUCGGAAGAUAACGGUACUAUUCAAGUGGCAGAUAGUUGGCGAUCGGAGAAGUCAGAUGAGGAUAAGAAGAAGACGAAGAAUGGUAAUAGCAAUGGGGCCGAAGAGGAAGAAGCAAGUGGAUGUUGGGUCAAAUUUAGGUUUAUGAUUGGUUGCUUACCUUCAAGACCAGAUGUUGAUGGUUCCUUGAGUGGUACUACUGGCACUGUGGAAAGUACGUCAGCCAAUGAGAAAUCAAGUGAUCAACCGAUUUUCCCAGUUACCUCUUCGUCAGCCAACGCAGAAAGCUCAUCAUCGACUCCUAUGAUCAGUGAAGAACUGAAGGUUUCUUCUCACCUCAGGAAGUUUACAUUCAACGAUCUUAAGCUGGCAACUAGAAAUUUCAGACCAGAAAGUCUUCUUGGCGAGGGUGGUUUUGGUUGUGUCUUUAAAGGGUGGAUUGAGGAGAAUGGCACUGCUCCUGUUAAGCCUGGUACUGGGCUUACUGUUGCUGUCAAAACCCUAAAUCCUGAUGGACUUCAGGGUCACAAAGAAUGGCUUGCUGAGAUCAAUUUUCUCGGUAACCUUGUUCAUCCUAAUCUUGUGAAACUGAUUGGUUAUUGCAUCGAAGAUGAUCAAAGGCUGCUGGUAUAUGAGUUUAUGCCUCGAGGAAGUUUGGAGAACCACCUUUUCAGAAGGUCUUUACCUCUUCCAUGGUCUAUCCGGAUGAAGAUUGCGCUAGGUGCUGCAAAGGGUCUCAGUUUCCUCCACGAAGAAGCCCUGAAGCCCGUUAUCUAUCGAGAUUUCAAAACCUCAAACAUCUUACUGGAUGCAGACUACAAUGCAAAACUAUCAGAUUUUGGGCUUGCGAAAGAUGCUCCAGAUGAAGGCAAAACCCACGUCUCUACUCGAGUCAUGGGCACAUAUGGCUAUGCCGCCCCUGAGUAUGUAAUGACGGGUCACUUGACAUCCAAGAGUGAUGUUUACAGUUUCGGUGUGGUUCUGCUCGAAAUGCUGACCGGUAGACGAUCGAUGGACAAAAACCGGCCAAAUGGUGAACACAACCUGGUGGAAUGGGCAAGACCACAUCUCCUCGACAGAAGGAGGUUCUACAGGUUACUAGACCCGAGGCUCGAUGGCCAUUUCUCCAUCAAAGGUGCCCAGAAGGCGACCCAACUCGCAGCACAAUGUCUAAGCCGUGACCCUAAGGUAAGGCCGAAGAUGAGCCAAGUGGUGGAAGCCCUCAAACCCCUUUGGCUUCUGAAAGACAUGGCCAGUUCCUCCUACCACUUCCAGAUGAUGCAGGCCGACCGUCUGAGAAACGGGUCAGGUCGUGGCUUAGGGCGGACUCUGUCUAGCCCUCACGGUCCACAUGGUUCUUCUCCAUAUCGCCAUCAGCUUCCAUCCCCUAAGCCUAAAGGGGCAACCGCAUAGCAUAUAUUUUUAGCCCCUUCAUCUAAUUUCUUGAAUCCGGUAAGAAAUUGUCGGUAGAUAGUUUUUUUGUUUUUUUUUAAAGAUGCUUGUCCGCUUGCAUGUGGAAUGUGCUUAUUUGAUUUUCAAAUGGCUCGCCUUCCGGAAAUCGGUAUAAGAAGUGAAAAAGGAGGAAUAUAAAGAAGUGAAAAAGGAGGAAUAGAACUGAUGUUUUGAAUGGAGAUGGCUUUUAUUU